UCUGAAACAUUUUUCAAAUUUGUGCAACCUAAACGAACUCCAGAAGCAGAGAGAGAGAGAGAGAGAAAUGGAGGACGAAGACGGCGAUCGAGAAGGAGCUGAAGAGGAUCGUCGCCAAUAUCAAUCGGAGAAGAAGAGUUCGAGUUCGUUCGUAAUAGAGAUACCAUCGUACCAACAAGUCAUCAAGCCCACGCAAUCCCAACCCACUCCCUCUCUCUUCACCCCUUCCCCUUCCUUCUCCCAAGCCUUCAAUUUCAUCAAGAACUCCGAAUUCUACUCCCCUCCUCCUCCUCCCGCUCCGCCGUCCACCGCCGCCCCGCAACCCUCUCACACUUCCGCCGCCGCCGCCGCCUCCUCUUCUUCUAGGCCGUUAGGGAACGAGCAGGGGGUCCCGUCUUCAUCUUCGUCUGCUGUUGCCUCAUCGUUAACGACUACGCAAAUUGCUAAUAACCGUAAUGCUAUUCUUGUUAGUCAUAGACAGAAGGGAAAUCCACUGCUAAAACAUAUUAGGAAUGUGAGGUGGGCUUUUGCAGAUGUUGUUUGUGACUACACGUUGGGGCAGAGUACAUGUGCUCUUUAUCUGAGUCUUAGGUAUCAUCUACUUCAUCCAGAUUACCUCUAUUAUCGAAUAAGGGAAUUGCCGAAGAACUUCAAGCUUCGCGUUGUUUUGUGCCAUGUUGAUGUUGAGGAUGUGGUGAAGCCUUUGCUUGAAGUUACGAAAACAGCGCUACUUCAUGAUUGUACCCUUUUAUGUGGCUGGAGCUUGGAGGAGUGUGGUCGCUACUUGGAAACUAUAAAAGUCUAUGAAAACAAGCCGGCAGACAUUAUCCAGGGGCAAAUGGAUUCUGACUACUUAUCACGGUUAAAUCAUGCACUGACAACUGUUCGGCAUGUUAACAAGACUGAUGUGGUCACCCUCGGAUCCACGUUCGGGACUCUUUCUAAUAUUAUGGAUGCAUCCAUGGAAGAUCUAGCUCGUUGCCCUGGCAUUGGAGAGCGCAAGGAACCUUGGGAUGGAGUGAUGGACCUAGGAGACUUAUCCACAUUAGAUGUUUUGAUGACUAAACAACUGGUUUGAUGUGAAAAUUGAUUUAUGAGUUUUAAGGUGUUUUAAGAGUUGAGAGUAAAUGAGCUUUGCUCUGAUGAUGGAUCAGGUAAAGCGCUUAUACGAUACAUUUCAUGAACCCUUCAAGCGUGUAGUUCCCAAGCAUCUUUCCAUCCCAGGAACCUCUACGCAUAACAAUUUUGAACCUUGCCCAGCCAGUGAAGAAAAUGAAGGUGAGAAAGAGGAAGACGCAAAGAAGCGUACAAAGAAAGAACCCGAAACAACCAUUAAAUCAGCCCUAUCAGCUGCUUUUGCCAAGUAUUCAGAUAAAAUCGGUAAAAAGAACAAUAAUUCAGUACAGGAGAAGAUUGAAGAAUCCAGUAGCGCUGUGGAAGAACAAGGGUAGAAUAGGAGUUGCAGUGAAGAGGCUGGAAGCUGAUCCAACCUGGUAAGGGGGAGUUUCAGAUGGAUUUUUUUUUGUUUCUUGUUUUUGUUAGAUUAUAGAUCCUGUUGUUUGAAAAGAUGUGUGAAAAAUAGAUCUUGUAGAAGAGCAGUGUUUACAAGUGUAUACUGAAAAAUAGGUGAUGAUUUUCACCAUACUCAAUGUUCAUCACCCGUGUUCCGUGUA